GAGAGGCCCUUGUCCGUGACGUAUUAAUCAGGCGACAAGGGCUGGGCGGAGCGGUGGGACGGAAACGGAAGCCUGACUGGUGGUGGUCGGGAGCAGUCGAAAAUGCCUAAAGUGAAAAGAAGCAGGAAAGCUCCUCCAGAUGGUUGGGAGCUAAUCGAACCAACGCUGGAUGAAUUGGAUCAGAAGAUGAGAGAAGCUGAAACUGAACCUCAUGAAGGAAAGAGGAAAGUAGAAUCUCUCUGGCCAAUUUUCAGGAUUCAUCACCAGAAAACGAGAUACAUAUUUGAUCUUUUUUAUAAGAGGAAAGCCAUAAGUAGAGAAUUGUAUGAGUACUGCAUUAAAGAAGGUUAUGCAGAUAAGAAUUUGAUUGCCAAGUGGAAGAAACAAGGUUAUGAAAAUCUGUGUUGCCUCCGUUGCAUUCAGACUCGGGAUACCAAUUUUGGAACCAAUUGUAUAUGUAGGGUUCCAAAAAGCAAAUUAGAAGUGGGGCGGAUCAUUGAGUGUACCCACUGUGGCUGCCGAGGAUGCUCUGGUUGACAGGUCUUGAAGCAGUGGACCCACAAAUUCCCUUUUUGGCUUAUUUUUAUUGUUCAUCUCCAUGAGUAGCUGUUAAAGUGAACUCUUUUUUUUUUUUUUUCCUGGAUAACUCUUGCUCUUCAAAGCUACAAGCUGUGAUUGGAGCAUGAUGGCAAAAGAAAGACUGUGUUAAUCAACUGUAAUUAUCUGUGAUUUAAAAAAUAAAAUCUUUAACCAUUGGUAA